CCGGAAGAAGAAGAAGAAGAAGAAGAAGAAGCUGCCCUCCUCCUCUCACGCUGCUGCUUUCUGUCCGCCUGUUUGUGGCUAAAACACUGUCGCUGUGUUGGACAUCAUGGCUUCUUCUAAGCCAGUGGAGACCCAGAUGCCCCGCUGGCAGCUGGCCCUGCUGGUGGGGACCCCGCUGGUGCUGGGGGUCGGGGCGGUGUACCUGUGGAACCGCAGCCGGUCGGAGGGUAGCGGCUCCGGGGAUAGAGAGCCCGGCUCCGGGGAGAGGAGCUCCGGGGAGAGGAAGACACCAGAGGGCAGCGCGAGCCCUGAGGCCCGGGGCCAGGAGCAGGACAGCAUGAGCCCGUUGGACCGCGCCCAGGCAGCGAAGAAUAAGGGCAACAAAUACUUCAAGGCUGGGAAGUAUGAGAACGCCAUCCAGUGCUACACGGAGGCCAUCGCGCUGUGCCCCACCGAGCAGAAGACCGACCUGUCCACCUUCUACCAGAACAGAGCGGCCGCCUACGAGCAGCAGAUGAAGUGGGCCGAGGUGGUGCAGGACUGCUCUCAGGCCGUGGACAUGAACCCUCGAUACAUCAAGGCUCUGUUCAGGAGGGCCAAAGCUCUGGAGAAGCUGGAGAACAGGAGGGAGUGCCUGGAAGGUCAGACUGGAUGUGUGAUAAUAAACCUUCCCUGUGUUAUAUGUUCAGGAGAGUUGUUUCUCUCCUGUUAUUGCCUGGCUCCCCUUUCAGCAGCGUGUCAUGCACCCUCUGUUUAUCCAGUUUGAAUCCACGUUUCCACC